CCGUCUGAAUAUUCACAACGCUCAUAUGCAUUUCGUCACGCUGCAGCAGCCGUGUCCUCCUGACCCCGCCAAUCGAGCAGCAGCAGCAGCGCUCUGAUUCCCAAAUCCGUCGGAUCCCGUUCCCGGCCCCUCCAUCCGCCAACAAUACGCCGUCGCCACCAUGACCGAGGGAGGAAGUUCGACCGUGCAGCUCUCCGCGGCCGAAGACACCCCGAGGUCAACCGCCGACACUACCACAACCACGGGCGCCCACGAUGGCUAUGACCCCCAACAAAUCAUCGCCUUGGCCCGUCACCCACCCCCGGGUGCUUCUGUCUAUUCCCCCACCGCUGCCCCGUCGGCCGCCCUCAAUCCGCGCAGCUGCGUUACCUGCCGGAGGAGGAAGGUUCGAUGCGACAAACACAUGCCAUGCUCCAACUGCCGCCGCGGCCAGAUCCCCUGCAUCUUCCCGGCCCCGGGCCGGGCACCACGACGCGUCCGCCCCAAGGACCCCAAUGCGCCGGCAAAACAGCCGUCGAGCGAGCGCGAGCUGGAGUUGAUGAAGCGGUUGCGGAAGCUGGAAGGCAUCGUCGAAGACCUCAGCGGCCAGAUCGAGGUCGAGUCGGUACGCCAGCCUUACAGUGCGGGAAACUCGCCGGAGGCCGGGGCUGCGUACCAAAAGGAUGAACAUACCCUGGGAGGGCGUUUCGGGCCCGGGUCCGGGCCCGGCGUGACGAGCGGCAGCGGCAGCGGCAAUGGAACCGUGAACCAUGACUCGCCAGGUUUCCCCAGCGCGCGGCUCCAGGCUAGGCCGACGUCCGCGUCCAUCUCCGAAACGGACUCGGUCGGCAAAGCUUCUCCUGAUGUACACAAGAAGUUUGGCCGGCUAGUGUUGAACGAGAGGGGCGUGACACGAUAUGUCAGCAGCUCAUUGUGGUCGUCGAUAAACGACGAGCUGGACGAACUGCGCAAGGCGUCGCAAGAUCUCACCGACGAGGAAUCCAUCGAAUCUGACGUGGAAGCCACCCCCGAAUCGAUCAGCCACGAUAAAAGCUUAAUUGAGCACCAGUCCUUCAUUCUCGGAUACCGCUCGGCCGACGUCGAGCUGAGGCCCCUCCAUCCCCUACCGUCCCAGAUCCCCUUUAUCUGGCAGGUCUACCAAGAGAAUGUCGACCCCAUACUCAAGGUCAUCCAUGUCCCCAGCAUGAGUAAAGUAAUCAAGGAGCUCCGAUACAACCUGGACGGACUCACACCGUCGAUGGAAGCAUUGAUGUUCUCUAUCUAUUAUGCCUCGAUCACCUCGCUGGACGAGGAGGAGGUCAAACUCAAUUUUGGUACCGAGAAAAUCGCCCUGAUUCAGAAAUACCGCUUCGCCGUGGAACAGGCCCUGGCUAGGGCCGAAUUCCUUACCAAACCCGACUUCACCGUCAUCCAGGCCUUUAUGCUCUUCCUUGUUUUCGUCCGCCGGCACGACGACACCAGAUUCGCCUGGACCCUCACCGCCCUGCUCAUCCGCCUCAGCCAGGCCCUGGGCCUCCACCGCGACGGGACUCACUUUCCGAAUCUGACGCCCUUCCAGAUCGAGAUGCGCCGGCGCCUUUUCUGGGCCGUGUGCGUGCUGGAUCUUCGGUCCGCCGAGGAUCAGGGGACGGAUCUCACCAUCGUCUCGGGGACCUUCGACACACAGAUUCCCCUCAACAUCAACGAUACUGACAUCUCCCCGGAGAGUAAGUGUCUUCCCAAACCGAGGGAGGGCACCACAGACAUGGCCUUCUCGCUUAUCCGCUACGAGAUUUGCUCUCUGUCAAGACGCCUACACAUUGUCUCGUCCGGCAUGACCCCCGCUUGCCCCUCCGAUGCCGGAAAGUCGCUGGAGGAGCGCGAGGCGCUCCUCACCGAGGCGUCGCGCAAGGUGGAGCAACGAUUGCACAAAGACAGCUCGAACUCCAUGUUUUGGGUGGCAUCCAAUGUCACCCGCAUCAUCGUCGCCAAAAUGACCCUCGUCAUCUACCAGCCAGUUUUAUUUCCGGGGCCCGGUGACGAUGUGCUCUCCGAGGAUGUCCGGGCACGCCUGCUCAACGCCGCGCUCGACGUGUUCGAGUACAGCCAUAUCCUGAACACAGACCCCCGCUGCAAGCAGUGGCGCUGGUUGUUCCAGACCUGGAGCCAUUGGCACGCGCUGGCUUACACCCUAAUCGAAGUUUCGCACCGUCCGUGGGGCCCCAAGGCCGAGAGAGCCUGGAACGCGUUGAACCUGACAUUCCUGUCGCCCAACCCAGCCGAGCUAGAGAAGCUGACGAGCCAUCACGCCGUGUGGAUGCCCCUGAGGAAGCUGUAUCUCAGGGUCAAGAAGCACCGCGAGGCCGAGAUUGCCCGCCUGCGGGCCGACCCACAGGCAGCGCGAGAACUAGACCUCAAAGACCAGUCCAGGACCCCUCCAACCAGCUUUGGCGGCAUCCCGGCCUCUAUGAAAGCCGCUGCUGCCCUCGAGCGGUGGCGGAAGUUAGUGAACUUGCCCGCACCAUCACAGGAAGACCUCCAACUACACCAAGAACCAGUGCCCAAAACACAAGCACGGAGUCAGACCAUGCCCCAAAAUACAAUGGGCAUACACCCAGCUGCGACCGCGGCCUAUGCCAAACCCGAAUAUAUGGAAUACCUCGACGACGCCAUGUCCAACCCAUCCUUCAUCCCCACCGACUUUGGACCCCUCUGGGCCUCCGCGCAGCCCGAUGAAAUCGCCCGCGUCGCCUUCUUCCCGUACCAGACAGGCGACCCCUCGCAAGUUGACAGCUCGAUAAACUUUGACCCGACCACCCCGGUACCUGACCUCCAACCAAUGGGUAGGACGUCGACCUCGAUGAGCUUACCCGCGCAUCUAUCACAGCAUCAGCAGCAAACGCCACAGGGGAUGGCGCAGGCGACGCCGAAUAAUGAUGACAACCUCCCGCCCUGGCUCUGGCCGACGACUGGCUCACCGGACAUCCUGCGCCUGCCGAGCAUGGGGGGCGAGGACAUGGAUACCAAUAUGGAUGAGGGGUUUGACUGGCAGACUUGGCAGGAGAGUCUGGGGAGAUACGAGGUUGAGGCAAACGGGGGACGGGCGGGGAGUACCUGGGGUCCGGGCCUUUAGCUGUGUUAUGCAGGAGCGGAUUUUGUAUAAAAAGAUGUUGCUGGGUUGGUUUUAAGUCGAGUGGCCGCGAAGUGUGCCUUGUUCGAGAUACCCUAAGA